AUGCCAGGAACAUCCCACACACAAUAUGGGAUGUGUACCGAAAAGCUGUUUGCACCCGUCACGGCCUGCCCGUUGUCUCCAGGGUACUCUCAGGGUACUCUUGCCUCGUCUUGCCUCGUCUCAGCUUGCCUCGCAUCGGUUGGUCUGGGCACCGAUCGCCGUCUCCAAUACUGCCUAACGUUGGACAGCAUCAUAGGUCCUGGAGAGCGUACCACCCCAAUGAGCACAGCUGCCAGUGAGCUUAAAGCGAAGGUGAACCUUGUAGCUGGCGACUGGCAGGCGACCGGCAACACGGAUGGUCCUGAAACUAAAGCACGCUUUACCCGCAUCACUGCCAUCCUGGCUGGCGUACAUCGGCAGCUGUACAUCCUCGAUGGUGACAAGUUCCGCAUCAUGAGUGCUAGUGGCUACGUCAGUACGGCACUUACCGGGCUCCCAACAGACCAGUGCUCUAUUGCUGCCUUGCCCAGUGGCGAGCUGGCUGUGGGCGCUAAGGGCUCCAGGCUAAGGAUUAUCCGAGGGCCCCAGCUGGGGCCCAGCAGCCCCACGUCAGGCGGCAUCAAGGCUAGCCACUCCGCGCCCCGGCAAAGGCCGUCUGCCGCCCUCUCGAAGCUGCACCGGACACUCCUGCUGUGUGCAACAGGGGCGGAUGUAAACCCAGCCACCGUCAAUAUUCACACGCGCGAUGGCACUGUCUUCGUGGCACAUCGUUCGGCCCUUGUGAGUCACAGUCAGUACUUCGAGAAGCUGCUGGUGCCAGGAGGCGGCUUCGCAGACAGUGGUGCUGAGGAUGUUAAGUUGCCCGAUGCCGACCCGGCUGCAUUCCAGUGGCUGCUGGCCUACAUGUACACGGGGGAGCUGUACAUGCCAGACAAGCUGCUGCGGCCUGCCGUACUUCUCGCGGAUCGGCUCCUGAUGCCGCAAUAUUGCGUGGGGCAGCUGCAGAAGUGGCUGCUGGCUGUGGUGACCCCCCAGUCGGUGCUUUCGGAUCUUCUCUGGGCGGAGCAGCACGGCAUGACGUCAUUGGUGCCACAGCUGAAGCUGCGGCUGCUGCGGCAGAAGAAGAGCGUGGUGUUGGGGGAAGAAGAUCUGCGACAGCUGAUAGUCCGCUGUCCUUGCCUGGUGGCUGACCUGAUCCGGGAGCCGUGACAUGCUGUGGCAUGAUGGACAGCGAGGUAGGAUUAGUCGGCACAGCAUCUUCAUACCAUAAGAUCUCACAGGCGCAUAUACAGCAUGCUAUGCGGACUUCUGCUUGGGGUGUGUGUGUGGCUGGGAAGGUGAACAACGGGGGAGGCGAACAGCUCCAAACGACCGCGAAUUCCUGUGUGCUAAGCUCUGUUGUUACUUAAUUAAGCCACAUUGAAGGUAAGGGUUAGCAUUAGCAAGCAAGCACUGGUGCGGGUAUCAGGGAUAUGGUCCAUGUCGCUCGUGGUUGUUGCGAGCCAAUCAUGUAACGUUACGACACC